AUGAACGCCGAAUCAUCCCCGCAAGUGAAAGAUGUUUGCCUGACUGAAGUGCAGACGUAUGAAAUGUCAAUAAAUAGCCGGUGGUCUCUGAAGAUAACAGCAGAUGUUGAAAAAUCGUAUCAACUCAUUAUGAAGAAAGAUUUAGAGGGUCAGAACGAUGUGGCGCAGGCAGCUUCUACACAAGGUGAUUUCAACAUUUUAGAGGCCACUGCUCGUGCCCAACAAAAGAUUGAGCACCAAUUAACCAAGUGGCAGGCGGUGAAGACUUAUCCAAAAGCUACUGCAUGGAUCCUGUUUAACGUUUGGGUUAUGGUCCUUUUGGGCUACGAAAACCAGGCGGGUGGAAUUGUGCUCUCGAUCCCACAGUUUAGGAAAGAUUUUGGAUAUCUUUACGAAGGAUCAUACGUUCUUGAAUCAAGCUGGCAGUCCAUCAUUACUGGUGUGCCAAUAGCCAUAAUUGGUGUUUCAUCAUUUGGAGUAUCUUAUUUUUCGGACAGGUACGGAAGAAGAGCCAUUCUUGUUUCAAUGCUUAUUCUCUCGAUUCCAUCUAUUGCCCUCGAGUAUGUGGCUACUACUAUUCAAGUGUUCGUGGCUGGAAAAGCGCUGAAUGCAAUUUCUCUCGGAUGUUUCAACACUUUGUGUCUUGGUUACGUCUCGGAGGUUGCUCCAUUGGCAUUGAGAGGUUGGGCUGCUGCUGCGUGUGCCUUGUCAUUGUGCAUCGGACCAUUUGUGUGCUAUCUUAUCAACAACACAACGGUAUCAUUCGAUAGUCGUAUGGCAUACAGAGCUGUCUUCAUCCCACAAUGGAUAUUCUCUAUUUCUGCUCUUUGUGUGGCUCCAUUCCUUCCCGAAUCACCUUAUUACCAUCUCAAUAAAGAAGAGGACGAAAAGGCUAUGGGCUGUUUGAAAAGGCUAUACAAUCCAACUCAGGCUCAACAGCAGUUUGCUAUUAUGAAAGUUACUCAUGAAGAGUUGAAACAGAUAACUAAAGGAACUUCCUUUCGUGAUUGCUUUAACAAGAAGAAUAUUAAGAGAACUCGUCUGGUGCUAUUCACUAUGUGGAUGUCCCCAAUGUGCGGCCUUUACUUUGUUGCCUUUUAUGCAACUUAUUACUACCAACUCGCUGGAAUGACAACCCAUGGAUCCUACCAAUUGAGCUGCGGAGGUCAGGCAUUGUCAGUAAGUGGUGUUCUUGCAUCGUUUUUUAUUGUGGACAGGUUUGGUCGCAGAAAACUGAUGUUGUUUGGAAUGAUUUCUCUCACUACGAUAAAUUUUAUUCUUGCCGGAGCAGGAACAGAUACAGACAAUCCAACUUCAAUGAAGGUUGCUACCGGGUUCAUGGCCAUGUACAACUUCUUCUACAACAUAGGAAUGGGCCCCAUGGUAAAUAUCAUACCUUCCGAGAUUUCUUCUGUGGGAUUGAGAUCAAAAACUUUUGCGUUGGGUAUGAUUGUCAAUUAUAUGUUCUCGUGUAUGUGGACUCUCGUUUUGUCCUAUAUGUUCAACCCAGACCAGGCUAACAUGGGAUCCAAGAUUAGCUUCAUCUUUGGCGGUUUAAGUCUUGCUUCAGUGUUUGUCUUCUAUUUCUUUCAACCUGAAACCGCUGGCAGAUCUUUUGAAGAAAUCGAUGAGAUGUUCGCCAAGAAUAUUCCUCCACGACAAUGGUCCAGCUACAAGACAGAGAAGCAAAUUGAGAGUGAGAAAAGUUUCUUUGACCUCAAGGCCCAAACUUCUCACACUGAAUAUGUGGAAGAUGAGUGA